AUGCCCGUCUGGAAACUCCACGAAACUCUCUUCGACGUCGCCGCCACCAUCGACACCUUCGUCGAGGACGGCUGCUGGAACGAGCUCACCGGGUUGGACACCGUGCCCUGGGACGAGGCCGACCCCGAAGAGGCGUGGCUGGAGAACGACCAGCGGUUGCUCAAGGCGGUCCGCACGUUCCUCGCGAAAUACCGAGCGGUACAAGGUGAUAUGACGAAGCAAGAAUUCCUGCGGCAGAAGGAUCAGUACAACAAUGGUCGCGACGCCGUCCUCCGGUGGUUCAAGGCGCGACUCGGCGUGUGGAAUGUGCGUGUGCGGUUCAUCGGCGUCCUCGAGGAGAACGGGAUGGGCCCAUAUCGGGUCAUGCAGCUCAACAAGGCGCAGAAGGCACGUCCUUCUCAUCGCUGCACAAGCACGCUGACUCACCUCCAUUCCCAGCUGCCUAGCAUGGAGCAAUGCCAGGUCAACUCCCAGUACACCAACAUCGCGCGCGAACUCUUCGGUGACGCCGUUGCGCUGGAGAACUCGAACCUCCUCGUCAUGUGGGCGCCGCAGGUCAUCGGGCGCAUGACGGCCUGGGUCUGGCACGGCGAGGCGACGCGCAUCAAGCGCGAGAUCGGCCAACUCGAGAAGGAGGCCGCCGAGCUCGACCAGAAGUGGGAAGCCGUUAUCAAGAACCCGACCUCUCGGAGCAUCAAGGCGUACGUCAAGCGGAUGGAGAACAAAAUCGCCAUCUCGCGGAAAUUCGACAACGGCGUCGUCUGCCAGGCGUUCGAGCGGCAGCUCCAACGCGUCGCCGACCUCAGGACGCAAAUGGAGGACACGACGGUGAACGUGCCCGGGCUCCCCAAGCAGGUGUUCGAGGCGAUCCGCCUGCUCGCGAACGAGGAGGAAGUGCGCGCGCUCACCACCGAGCUCGACCUUAUCCUCAGCGAUGAGGUCGCCGACCCCAUCGAGAUAAACGUCGACGGCGCCGAUGCGCCCGAGAUGGACUGGGGGACCGGCGUCGAGGAGUACGAGGGCUUCUCCGAGGACGAGCUCUGGGCGAUGCUGGGUCGCGCCAAGGAGAAGACGAUCCCGUUUUUCAACACCGCGGAGGCCGCGACCGGCGUCCACGAUCCCUGGUCCCCCAAGGGCAUCGAGGCCAUGACCGCGACGGACGCCGUCCCGCUCCGCCCCCACUGGCAUCAGUUGAUCGGCGUCGUCAAGAUGCUCGACAACUACCUGCGCGGCGACCCCACCCUCCUCAUGGACGGCGUUGGGGUCGGCAAGACCAUGCAAGUGGUCGGCGUCGUCUGCUGCCUCGCUUUCUUCCAUGCCCACUACGCGCAGCACGGCCACUUCCCGGGCAAAUUCGCAAACAUCAAGUACCAUCGCGAGGGCAACACCCCCUCUGAACCCACUCUCAUCGUUGUCCCCGUCGCGCUCGAGCGCCAAGUCGUCUCCGAGAUCCACCGCUACGUCCGCCCGAAAACCUUCGACCUCAUCUCAUACACAUCUUCGGUGCGCGGCGCGAAGGGCGCGGCGUUCUGGGAGGCGGUCGACAACUUCGCGCAGCCCCCCGAACGUCAAAUCAUUGUCGCAACCAACCCGGCGGUCGAGAAGGACGGCGCGGAGCUGUUCACAAAGCUGACGGACAGGCCGUGGAAUCUGGGCACGCGCCGGCAGCGGAAGGCAGCGACGCUGGCAAAGGCCAAAGCCCCAACGGUGUACAAUCGCCAUUGGAGUCUGAUGAUCUGCGACGAGGUCCACACCAUGCGGCGCGUCAAUCAGCUCUUCGUCGCGGUGCGCGGCCUCCGCGAGCAGGCCGGCGGGAUGAUUGGCAUGACGGCCACCCCGACCAUCACCAACGCCUUGGAUCUCGCGUCCCUCGGCCGGCUGUUGGGCGUCGACAAGUUCAGCGACGAUCACUUCGCCGUCCUCGACGAGUUCCGCAAAUCUCUGGGGCGCGCCGCCUCGCAAGACCGGAAGAACCGGAAGGACGCCGACAAGGUCGGCAAGAAGGGCAAAGGCAAGAAGGCCGCGAAGGCCGCAUCGCAGGAGCCGAAAGGUCAAGGUAAUGCGGAGAGUGUCUCGCAAAGCGUGGUGGAGACGGUGCGUAUCAUGACGGACUUCCGCGCUCGGUUCUUCGGCAAGGUCUGUCGGCGGACCAUCGAGUCCAUGCACCAGAAGGGGCAGGACUUCGAGGGCUUGCCCCCUGCACACAGGAUCCAGCUCAUGCUGCGGCUGGCGAAGUACGAGCAGGAGAUGAUGGCCGAGCUGGCGGGCACAACGCGCGCAGCCGUGGGCACGAGCCACACGUCCGCGAGCGACAAGUCGUUUUACAUAGAUUUGCGGCGCGCGACAUUCCACCUCUCGCAGUCGUCGACGACCGAAUUCCCCGAGCCGAAGAGCAAGGAGGAAUUCGAGCAGAUGCCGACCGCCAAGCUCGCCGCCCUCGUCGACAUCAUCCACCACCACCGCACGCCCAAGGCCCCGCCUCUCAACAUCAAGACGGAGCUGCGCGACCCUGACUUCAAGGGCUAUUCCACUCACCACGGCUCGGGGCCGGACAAAAUGAUCGUCUUCUCGUACUUCCCGUCCAACAACAACCUGUUGCGCAAGGUCUUCGACUUCUACGGCAUCAAGGCGGUGUUCUUGAACGGGAAGCUCAGCGCGGCGCAGCGCGAGCGCGUCGUCGAGGACUUCCGCAAGGCGGGCGCGGACGGCCCUACGGUCCUCGUCAUGUCGUCGGUCGGCGCCACCGGGCUCAACCUUGCGUGGGCCAACAUAAUGAUCUUCGUGGAUACGACGUGGUCUGCGCAGGAGGACGAGCAGGCCAUCGGCCGCAUCCUUCGCUUCGGCCAGAAGUCCGACGUGUUGAUCUACUAUCUGAUCACACUCGCCAGCGUCGACGUCUUGCUGAACACCAUCGCGUUCGACAAGGGCGUCAUGCACCAGGCCUUCAUGGAGGCGGACUUCGAGCUCAAGCGCGUCGUCAUGUUGCUCCUCGGCAACAAGAUCGCUCACCUCAUCGGUGACGCUGACGUCGAGUUGCCCGCGGACCCUGAGGAGGACGACGACGGCACCACUGCCAGCAGCGUUGAGGUCGAGCAGGCCCUCACCCCGCGCAAGAGGAAGCAGAAGAAGGCGGCGAAGACGCCCGCCAUCUUUAUCAGCGACGACGAGGCCGAACCUUCGGAGAAGGGCGACGGCGUCGACCCUCCGAAGAAGGGCGGCAAGCCGACCACGAAGAGGCCCCAGCCACGCAGGAGGGGCGCAAAGGCCAAGGCAGUCACCCCCUCAACGACGACGCCCGAGCCGGAGUCUGAGGAGGACAAGACCUCGACGUCUCAUGCGUCGGCCACUCCCCCCCGCUCCCCGCCGCCCCGCCCCCCCCCUCCCCCCCCCCGGCCCGCGCCCCGCCGCGCCCGUGACUCCCCGCCUGCUGAGCCUCGCGCGUCCCUCCCGCCGCCGCCUACUACCCCCCGUCGCCUGCUGAGCCUCGCGCGUCCCUCCCACCGCCGCCUACGACCCGCCUACGCCCCGUCGCUUGCUGAGCCUCGCGCGCCCCUCCUUCCGCCGCCUACCACUCCGCCGUCCGCCGACCGUCCCUCCACCCCCCUGCCGCAAUCUACACGUCCACAAUCUACAACUCCCCGGCAGGGAGGACCGAGCACCCCGUCUCGGUGGCGUCAGUCGGAAUCGCACACCCCGCCCUCGCAACUCCUUCCCGCGGAUCCCUUCGCGCUCACGCAGAAGUUCACCGACGCUUCGCUGAGCUCCAGUGCUCCCGCCGCGACCCCCGCCAUCCCCACCUCUGCGCUCAACGCUGCUGCCGCGCCGCCUGUGGACCCUACGCCGGACGUCGAAAUGGUCGACAGCCACGCUUCGGACCUCGACAUGUCUCACGAGGACGCCCGCAUGAUGGACAUCUCCGAGCUCGAGGAGGAACCGCGGCGCGACACUUCGCCUUUGUCCGACGCCCCGAGCGAAUCGAACAUCCCGAUUGCUCAGCGGAAGGGCAAGCGCAAGGCUGCGUCGCCCGCUUCGGCCGGUCGUCCCCGUCGCGGUACGCCCAGCACCUACGUCCCGACCGACCGUCUCGGCGCUGGUGACGACGAGCUCCCGACGGGCAGCGCGAAGAGGACGCGUGAACGCAGGAAGAAGUUCUGA